AUGGCAACUCUAAGUUUCCAAGUAGACCAACAAACAGCUCAAGCAGGUGGCAUACUCUCAGGACACCUGACCAUUGGUGUCACUCGAAAAAUCAAAGCACAGAGAGUGGAGGUCUAUUUCCGUGGCAUGGAAUACACCAGAAUUGUCAGCAAAUAUGGAAAACAAAGAAGAUCACAUCUCAACGAGGUCCAAAUUGUGCAUGUGGACCUUGACCACUCUGGUCGCAUGGCUCAAAGACUUGUUCGAGGCGGACCUCCUGGCAUCAUCCAACCAGGCAUAUACAAGUUUCCUUUUCAAUUCAAGCUGGACGAAAAUCUGCCAUCCAGUAUGGGAACUGUCAAGAAGGGGGACGCACAUGCCAGAAUUGGAUAUUGCCUUGGUGCUGUAAUCAGGGGUUCUGGUGCAUUGCAACACUAUGAAGCUAGACAGGAUGUCGCUGUCGAGGGCACACCAGCGCCACAGCAGUCAGUGCCAUACAUUAUGAAUCCAUCAGUGCAUCCCAUCAGCUACCUUGGACUGUGGAAUAAAGGAGAUAUGUGCAUUGAUGCCAAGAUGCUUGAUACAAACCUUGUGCCAAGUCAGCAGGCAGGCAUCCUAUUGUCAAUCAAGAAUUGCAGUCGAGCAACUGCCAAGAGUGUGUCCUUAUCUCUGCAGGAGAUUGUUGACUGGAAGGCCUCAAGCAUUGAUAGCACACACUUCAGAAAGUCUAGCACAACACUGGUCAGCCAGGAUUUUUCAUUAGAGAAUCCCAGCAAACCGCUUGACAAGGGCACAAUCCAAGAGAUCAAGGCAUGUGGCACAACAAGCACUACUAUGCAGGAAUUGAUCAAAUCAACAGAUGCGCAAGCACUGAGGUUACCACCAGUGCCACAACAUGCCACAGCUGAUCUCAAAGGCCAGAAUAUUCGAGUAUCCCAUCAGCUCGUGGUCACGGUCAAAACACGAGGAAGAUACACCAACCCGGAAUUCAUUAUUCCUGUCGGCGUCUUCUCGAGAACACUACCUGGCACAAAUAAACCCUCGUCUCUUGCAACAUACCCAGAUAGUGUGAUCCCUGGUACAACCUUGCCCGCUGCAGUUGCAGCAAGAGUAUCGGUAUCUGUUCCUGUGGCCCACAUAUCUGUAUUACCAGACUCAAGACAAGAGAGCAUUCCCUUGGUUGUGGCAGAGCCAAUUCAUCGCUCAUGAUUUUCCCCAUUGCUUCAAUGAAAAAGAUCCUUCCCACUCACCCCUUUCUCAUCUCCAUAUCUUUAACUUGACUUAAGCUUAAGAAUCAUUAGUUCUUUCCAA